AUGGAAAGUGUCUGCUAUCGUAUCACAAAUAAUGGUGUUUUCGUCAUCAAGAUACUCACACAGAACAAAGUUUCAAAAUAUGGUUUCAACGUACGAUGGGUAACUAAGUGCUCCAGAGACUUAGCAUGUGUAUCAUUCUUUUAUAAUAAAUAUUCUGAAGUUUGUCAGACAAAAUCGGUUCAGUUUCAAUUAAAUUCAUAUGUAGAACCAGAAUAUGGCAACUCUUAUUACACUCUGUAUCAAGAGAAUUGCCCAGUUGACUUUGUAAGAAACAGAAAAUAUGAUUUAUGCUAUAAACCAUUUAUGAAUAAUAUGGCUAAAACUGUAAACACAGAUUACUCAAACUGUGACAAUGAUGGCUAUGUAUUAGUCAGUGCUAAAACAGAUGAUGCCUAUCGACAUAUCUGUGAUCAACUCAUGGUAACAGAUGAAGGAAAUGCAGAUUAUACAAUUGAUGGAGAGGAGGAUUUUUCAAUGAACGGAGAAUGGUGGUUCAGUAAUGAUGAACAGAUGUUGGCAUUCAUUUGGGGUCCAGAUGAACCCAGUAAUGAAUCAGAUUUUUAUUAUGUUCAUUUACAUGUAGAAGAUGGAAAAUGUGAAAUGCAAAAUACUCCCUACUAUUAUGAUUCUUAUUAUAUUUGCCAGUUUCAACCCUAUUCAGAUGUAGAACCAGAAUAUGACAACUCUUAUUACACUCUGUAUCAAGAGAAUUGCCCAGUUGACUUUGUAAGAAACAGAAAAUAUGAUUUAUGUUAUAAACCAUUUUUGAAUAUGGUUUAUAAUGUAGACGAAGCUUACUCAAACUGUGAAAAUGAUGGCUAUGUAAUAGUCAGAGCUAAAACAGAUGAUGCCUAUCGACAUAUCUGUGAUCAACUCAUGGUAACAGAUAAUGGAUAUGGAGAAUAUAUAAUUGAUGGAAAGGAGGAUAUUUCGAUGAACGGAGAUUGGUGGUUCAGUAAUGAUGAACAGAUGUUGGCAUUCAUUUGGGGUCCAAAUCAACCCAUUGAUGUAUCAGAUUUCUAUUAUCUUCAUUUACAUAUAGAAGAUGGAAAAUGUGAAAUGCAAAAUACUCCCUACUCUUAUGAUUAUUAUUAUAUUUGCCAGAUUUUUCCCUGUGUAAGCCUACAUCAGUUAGUUUCUUCCUAUCCAAUUUUAAACAACAUAAAUUGCUGUUUAACAUCCCAGAUGUAA